UGUCAGCACUGAGGGGACAAGCAGCGGCUGCAGCAUCACCCAGCCUGGAACUUCUGGAGAGGGACCCCCCAACAAACCACUACCCCCCCAUCUCUAACCCCCUAACCUCUGCACUAUACACCCCACUAACUACUGCACUCUACACCCUCUAACCUCUCCACACACUCUGCACUAUACCCCCACACACUCUGCACUCUACCCCACACUAACUACUGCACUCUACCCCCACUAACUACUGCACUCUACCCCCCACUAACUACUGCACUCUAAACCCUCUAACCUCUCCACACACUCUGCACUAUACCCCCACACACUCUGCACUCUACCCCACACUAACUACUGCACUCUACCCCCCACUAACUACUGCACUCUACCCCCACACACUCUGCACUAUACCCCCCACUAAUUACUGCACUCUACCCCACACUAACUACUGUACUCUACCCCCACACACGCUGCACUAUACCCCCCACUAACUACUGCACUAUACCCCCUCUAACCUCUCCACCAACUACUGCACCCUACCCCCACACAGUCUGCACUAUACCCCCCACUAACUACUGCACUCUACCCCCUUUAACCUAGCCUCUCCACUAACUACUGCACCCCCUCUAACCUCUCCACUAACUACUGCACUCUACCCCACACCCACUCUGCACUAUACCCACACUAACUACUGCACUGUACCCCUCCACACUCUGCACUAUACCCCCUUCAACCUCUACACUAUACCCCUCCACUAACUACUGCACUCUACCCCCACCCAACGACUGCACUAAACUAAGUCAACAUCUGCUCUAAACUAAUGCACUUCACACCACACAUUUGUCCCCCACCAAAAUAAAUCUGCACUUCUUCUUUUUAGAAUCACUUCACUUGAUAUCCCCCCAUAUACAGACACUGCUCACUGCACACCCCUAUUCACUGCACCAUAUAUACACACACUGAUCACUGCACUUCAUACACAGCACUGCGUUUGUCCCGCACACUCUGCUCCCAACCCCUCUCGCUACACUUCUUUCCUGCUACUAACCUCUGCACCAGGUCUCUUUAUCCACACUGUACCCCUCACUAACCCACUCUGUACCCCUCACUAGCCUACACUGUACCCCUUACUAACCCACACUGUACCCUUCACUAACCCACUCUGUACCCUUCACUAACCCACUCUGUACCCCUCACUAACUCAUACUGUACACCUCACUAACUCACACUGUACACCUCACUAGCCCACACUGUACCCCUAACUAACUCAUACUGUACACCUCACUAACUCACACUGUACUCCUCAUUAACCGACUCUGUACCCCUCACUAACUAACACUGUACUCCUCACUAACUAACACUGUACCCCUCACUAACACUGUACUCCUCAAUAGCCCACACUGUACCUCUCACUAUACUAUACCCCUUACUAAUCUAAAUUAUAACCCUCACUAUCUUACACUGUACCCCUCACUAACCCACAGUAUCUCACUAUACCUGACACUGCACUGUAUCUCAGCACUCUAAUUACAUUUCACCAGCCUUCACAUUGCACUGUCUCAGCACGCUAAUCACAUCUCACCAUCCCUCAUAUAUCACUCCCAGCACUCGAAUCACAUCUCACAUCCCUCAUAUAGCACUCAGCACUCUAAUCACAUAUCACUAUCUCUCAUAUAGCACUCUAAUCACAUCUAACCAUCCCUCAUAUAGCACUCCCAGCACUCUAAUCACAUCUAACCAUCCCUUAUGUAACACUCCCAGCACUCUAAUCACAUCUCACAUCCCUCAUAUAGCACUCCCAGCACUCUACUCACAUUUCACUAUUCCUCAUAUAGCACUCUAAUCACAUCUUACUAUCCCUUAUAUAGCACUCUAAUCACAUCUCACUAUCCUUUAUAUAGCACUCUCAGCACUCUAAUCACAUCUCUCUAUUCUUUUCUCCAAUUCUUUCUUACACUCUCUCUGGACUACCCUCCUCUCUCUGUCUCUCACUAAUUGCACUCCCUCCAUCACUCUACUCCUGUCCCCCCGCCCUCUCUCUGCACUCCACACACCUCUCAGCGUCCCUCUCUCUGUGCACUCUAUUCACUCACUUCCCACCCACUCCCUCUCUCCCUCUCUCUCUCUCUCUCUCUCUCUCACACACACAGUCUCUCCCUGUCACUCACACUCACUCUGCACUCACUCCCUCUCCCACUCACUGUGUAUUCCGUGCCUCAUUCCAUUUGACUUUGAAUCACAAGACAUCGAUCGCUUUUUCUAUGAAACAAACCGAUUGAUCUGUCAGUCGGGGACCAGGAGCAACUCAGCCAGCAUGUCCCGGAGGAAGCAAAGCAAGCCCAGGCAGAUCAAACGGCCACUUGAGGAUGCAAUUGAGGAAGAUGAAGAAGACUGUUUGUCAGAAGAAAAUGAUAUUGUCUCUAAAGAAGACUUUCCUUUGGAGGAAAACUUUACAACUGAGUUUGAGUCAGAGAAUAUGACCUGUGAAGAAUAUUUUUGUAACAAAGGAGAUGAGGAUGGCAGCCAUGACACCACAGAGUCAGAUGGUGAAGCACAGUCAGAAAAAACGAUUCAACCCAAAACUGAGACGGGUGGAUGGGAUGGACCAGGAGAGCUGGAAGUGUUCCAGAAGGAUGGUGAACCCAAAAUCCAGAGCAGGCAGCAGCUUCCAGUUGGUACGACAUGGGGGCCCUUUUCUGGCAAGAUGGACCUGAAUCAGGAUAACAACCCAUUGAAGACAAAGGCUCCUGUCCCUCUGGUCUUGAACGAUGGUCCCAAGUGGUUGUUGGACGUGACUUGGCAAGGCGUAGAGGACAACAAAAACAAUUGUGUGGUAUACAACAAAGGCGGACAACUGUGGUGCACAACUACCAAGUCUAUUGCCGAAGGGGAAGAGUUAAUUGCCUUUGUUGUGGAUUUUGACUCAAGGCUACAAGCUGCCACUCAGAUGUCUCUUACAGAGGGAAUGUACCCUGCUCGUUUGUUGGAUUCGAUACAAUUGCUUCCUCAACAAGCUGCUAUGGCUUCUAUUUUGCCGACAGCCAUUGUCAACAAAGAUAUAUUUCCCUGCAAAUCUUGUGGCAUUUGGUAUCGGAGCGAGCGUAACUUGCAAGCACACCUCAUGUAUUACUGCAGUGGCCGGCAGAGAGAAAACGCACAGCUACCAGAAGAAAAUGAAGAUAAUUUGCAACAGAUAUCUAGCAUAUGUCCUUUCCCCCAGUGCACUAAAAGUUUUUCCAAUGCAAGAACUCUAGAAAUGCACUUAAAUUCUCACAGUGGUGUUAAAGUUGAAGAGUUCCUGCCUUCUGGUGCCAGUCUGAAAUGCACAGUUUGUAACUACACCGCAGAGUCAGUGAUUAACUUCCACAAACACCUGUUCUCCCACCUCACGCAAGCUGCCUUUAGAUGCAAUCAGUGCCAUUUUGGCUUUCAGACUCAGAGGGAACUCCUACAGCACCAAGAGCUUCAUGUCCCUGGAAGUAAACUACACCGGGAAGCUGACAACGAACACUCUCCCAGCCGCAACGAAGGAACCACACAACAGACGCCAGAUCUGCUGAAUAAAAUCGAAAUUCUACAAAGCCAAAAGACAGUGCUUAACAAAGAUGCAAGUUCCGACAGUGAGCUGGAGAAAUGUGAAAAGAAGCCACAUCUUUUCCUGCCCAAUCAGAGGCAAGAGACAACCAACAAAAACAUGUUUUCGUAUACUAAAAUAAAGUCUGAGCCAUCUAGCCCCAGGCUAGCUUCAUCACCAGUGCAACCUGGCAUUGGGCCCUCUUUCCCAAUGGGACCUUUUCUAUCUCAGUUUGCUUUCCCCCAUGAUAUCUCAGUAGUUCCCCAAGCCUCAGAAAUUCUUGCAAAGAUGUCUGAACUGGUACAUCGUAGGCUACGGCACGGCAGUAAUAGUUACCCCCCUGUUAUCUACAGCCCCUUGAUGCCAAAAGGGGCCACCUGCUUUGAGUGCAAUAUUACCUUCAACAAUUUGGACAAUUACUUAGUUCAUAAAAAGCACUACUGCAGCAGCCGAUGGCAGCAUAUAACCAAAUCUUCAGAUUUCUCCAAUGUUACUGAGAAGGUACCUGAAUCAGUGAGUCCCACCAGUGUCCAAAAUCCAGUCAAUAUCCUUAACACUUCUCUGCAUUCUUCUGAUGGUGAUAACCAACUUCUUCAACCAUCUUGUAUUAACUCUGGCACUGUUUUAGACUUGUUAGGAGCAAACGUUAAAUCACGAGAAAAGGAAUUUUCACCUGAAGUGAAAAAAAUGGCAGGGGUUGGCACUAGUGACGACAAGAUCAAUGGCAAACCUGCUGAUGUGAAAAAUUCGACCCCACCCCAACUAGACAUAGAUAACAGUGAUCCAAACAAAACAACAUGUGAAGCAUGUAAUAUUACUUUCAGCAGGCAUGAAACAUUUAUGGUCCACAAACAGUAUUACUGUGCAACCCGCCACGAUCCUCCGUUAAAGAGAUCUGCUUCGAAUAAGGUGCCUGCCAUGCAGAGAACUAUGCGUACUCGAAAACGGAGAAAGAUGUAUGAGAUGUGUCUCCCUGAGCCUGAUCAGAGGCCUCAGCUCAUUCAGCAGCAUUUCCUUCAAGUAUCAAACCUCGCAAUUCCAUGUACAUCUGCACAAGAGUCAUCGGAGGGAAUAGGGGAUUGUUAUCACCCCAGGUGCGAUAUCUUUCCAGGAAUUGUUCCAAAGCAUUUGGAAACUUCGCUUUCAAUUACUAAAUGUGUUCCAGUUGUGAAAUGUGACACUCCACAUUCUACAGUUUCCUCACUGGAGAUGGAUGUCCCCAUAGACCUUAGUAAAAAAUGUUUAACCCAAUCAGAUAGAACAUCCACAUCUCCAAAACGACUUCUAGACUAUCAUGAAUGCACAGUAUGUAAAAUAGGAUUUAAUAAAGUUGAAAACUACCUUGCCCACAAGCAAAAUUUCUGUCCUGUUACAGCCAAUCAGCGCCCCAGUGAUAUGGGGAACUCUGAGAAUAAAGUAUUUCAGAAUGCGGAAAGCGAAAGAAGCAGUCCCGAAGUCAAUUUUGAAAGAAAUGUCAUAAAAUGUGAAAAGACCAGUAACUCGAAACAGGCCUCACCUAAUGGGAACUUGUUUUCUACUCACUUAGCGACUCUUCAAGGUCUUAAAGUCUUUAGUGAAGCAGCCCAGCUUAUCGCCACAAAAGAAGAAAACAAAAAUGCAUUUUUUUCACAAUGCCUUUACCCUGGAGCAAUAAAAAAAGCUAAAGGAGCAGAUCAGCUUUCUCCGUAUUAUGGAAUAAAGCCAAGUGAUUACAUUUCUGGGUCUCUAGUUGUUCACAAUGUGGAUUUAGAUCAAAGCACAAAUGUAAGAAGUGAAUCUCCCAAAAGUCAGAUACCUUCAAAUGGAUGUUCUUUGCUGAAGAAAGAGUCACUCCCACUUUUGCCAAAAAACAGAGGCAUGGUAAUAGUUAACGGUGGACUAAAACAAGAGGAAAGGCCGGUUGUAAACUCACAACAAGAAAAUAUUUCCCAGACUACUCAGCAGGAAGAUGGAUGCAAAUCCCCCUCAUGGGUUUCAGACAAACCAUUAACAGCCAAUGAAAAUGUAUCGCCAUCAACUCCGGCUGCUGACGAUCAACUGUCCAGCAUAGCAAAGAAUGUUAAUGGCUCUAGCACUGCCGCAAGCAGUGGGAAGUAUUGCCGCUUGUGUGACAUUCAAUUUAACAAUCUUUCGAACUUUAUUACUCACAAAAAGUUUUAUUGCUCAUCACACGCAGCAGAACAUGUUAAAUGAAACAUUGUGUGAAAUUUUGGUUACUAAAUAAAGUGUAUUGUUUCAUGCAGUCGAUUAGAAAAGAAAAAAAAAUGCUGCUUACGUUACAUCUGGACAAUCAGGAUAUGUAUUCAUUCUAAAUGACUUGAAGAUUUAAGGUGUUAUUUCAUAACAGUCAUGCGUAAAAGUGUUUUAUUAGUGCCAUUUUUCUGAAUAUUUAUUUUAUCAGUUGUGUUCAUACAGUUGUGUCCAGCGCUGACUCCUGUAUGGGAGCAAUUUACAAAAAAAUGUAAAAAAAAAAACACGAAAAAAAAAACACGAAAAAUAAAACAAACAUUUGUAUCUGUUGUUGAUUGCCAACACAGUGUUCCAUGCUGGACCCAACUGUAGCUGUGAUUAUGUUAUUUUUUAUUUAAAGAACUUUAUAUUAAAGUAAUUUGUAAUGUAAUUGUAUAGAUAUUGUGUAGCACAUAUGGUUUGCACUUGUAUAGUAGAUUUGAAAAUAAUAUAGACACGACAUUACAGAAAAAAAACAUAUUAGGAGCAGCUUCAGAAGAACUUGUGUAUAUCGAUUCUCUCUUUUUUUUCUUUUGUUUUUCGCUACCUUUUUCUACGCUGUUGCAGAACGAGUAGAUGUAUAUGCUAAAAUAUGAUAUGCACACCAGUAUUUGAAAUCCUUAUACUGUCAAUGUGGCCCGGAGACAUCCAAUUAAGAGAAAAGGGCAGAGUGUGUCUAUAUUUUAGCAUAUACAGUACAUUAGUAAUUAGGCUUUGCAUUAGUACGUAGUUGUCUGUAUCUGUUCCCUUUCUCAAUCUAAACACUGUAUGUUUAAUGAAGAUAGAAAUUCAUUUUCUCGUAGAGUAACUGUAUUUUCUUUUGCUAAUGCAUCUCUGUCUGAAUCUUUCAAUCUUUGCUGUAAAAUGCAAUACUUUAUAAUGAACUAUCAAAAAAUUACCGGAAGCAGUAUUGUACGUUCUGAAAUGAAAUCAGCCAGUUUUAUCUUUUAAGAAAAACCCAGUUAGAAAAAAAAAAUCCUAACCCUAACCACAAUGCUGCAACAUGAAUUUAAUUCAUAUGUAAUAUAUAUUUACAAUAAAUACAAGUGUAGCAAUACUGCAGCUGGUGAUCACGGAGAAUAAUCUUCUACUUCUGAUAGAAAUGAUUUCUCAACAAAUGUUGUUACUAUGCAUGUAUAUGGAUGGAAUAAAAUUCCGGCUCAUUGGA